AUGGCUCGGCAAACCUCUUUAGUGAAGCGUUACUUGCUUCUGUCAACGUUGGCGCUCCUCGCUACUUCGGCUAUUGCGCAGACAACAACCGCCGCGGCAGCAACAGGCGAUGACACUACCACAGCUGCGGCCACUACGACUACUGCGCAAACGACAGCGCAGACAUCUGCCGCCACGACAACCGCCGAUGAUUCAGACACGACAACGGCCGCCUCAGGAACGACAACGGUACCCGACUUGACAAGCACCACGACCAGCGCCGGCACAACCGCCUCCACGGAAAACCAGACCGUCCCCACGCUCUCUAGUGCUACUACGGGUGUUACUAGUUACCCGUCCGCGAGCGUGCCGCCCACCAGCAAUGCGCCGUACAUGCAAACGUCAAAUCUACCUGAGGGGACAGUAUUCAUUGCUGUGGGCGCUAUCCUCGGCGCAGCUGGUGUGGCCAUCUUGGUCUGGAGAGCCGUCAUCGCCUGCCUUCUUCACAGGUCGGUCAAGCGCGCUGCCUUGGCUCAGCAUCUAGCAAAUGACAAGAUCGCUGUUCCUGGUGCCCCUUCUGCGCCUUUCUAUAAAUACAAGGAUCAGGAAUCUCAGGGCUCUUUGGGCCUCGCCACGGCUGCCGCAGGUCGUGGUGUAAGGCGAACCACGCGCGGCCCCGUCCCGUCGUCCACGCCGAGUCAGACGAAUCUCUUCUUCUCGCCAACCGCUGGCAAUGCUGGAACCGCUGGAACUGCUGGAAAUACUGCUGCCAACCGAGCAUCAGCCUUCUUUGAUGCUGGCAAUCGUUCCUCGACUUUCCUGCCCUCUGGUUUUUAUGCUGCUGGUCAAGGCGCUCCGCAACAAAGUCAUGGCCAUUCUAUCAGCAUGACCGAUCUGAGGCCCGAAUCGCAUGGAUCACCGGGCGUGUCGCCACGUAAUGACCCCAUCCGCCGCCACGCUCAGAUGAGCUCGAGCACACUCAAUCUGAACCAGGCGCCAACUGGACGAGCUCCUAGCACAUAUCUACAAGAUCUGCUGGAUGACAACCCACAACAGUUUCCUCCCCAGGAUGGCCACCACGGUCACGACCAAUCGAGGAAUCGCUUCUAG